ACCAAUGUGAUGUUCUAAGACAUUAAUCCUUAAUUUUCUCCCAAGAAUACACCCGUUCAUUCAAAAGACAAAAAAAGUUCUUAAAUCAUGGAUGAUGAAUGAAAUGCAAAGAUGAUAAGUUGUCGACAUAGAAGUAACAAGUUUGGUUGUUUUGGUAAAUCAUGGAACAAUGUUCAUUCUUCCUUUCAUUCCCUCUCAUCAUCUUCAUCAUCAACAUUUCACAGUUCAGUCACAGCCACAGAUCCCGAAGUACUCCACCGAGUUCUCCAAAGCUGCAGAGGUUCUAUGGAUUUAAAAACUGCCACUAAAACCCAUUCGAGAGUUGUUGUACUUGGCCUUGCCACUUACCCUUCUCUUGUGUCAUCUCUCAUAUCAACCUAUGCUCGUUGCCACCAACCCCAGAUUGGUCUUCGCGUUUUCUCCAAGGUUUUGGACCUCUUCAGCAGGAAUCUGGUGAUUGACAGUUUGAUGAAAGGGGGACAAUGUGAUGUUGCCAAGAAGGUGUUUGUCAAAAUGCCUGUCAGAGAUGUAGUCACUUGGAACACCAUGGUUGGAGGUUACGUCAAAAACUCGCGCUUUUUGGAUGCGUUGAACCUUUUCCGGAGGAUGCUGGGUUGCAAGGUUGAGCCUGAUGGGUUCACCUUUGCUGCUGUGUUAACUGCAUGUGCACGCCUUGGGGCUCUUUGCAAUGCCGAGUGGGUGCAUCGUUUGAUGGUUGAGAAGAGGGUUGAGCUGAAUUAUAUAUUGAGUGCUGCUUUGAUUGACAUGUAUGCUAAAUGUGGUAGGAUUGAUGUUUCAAGACAGGUUUUUGAGGAGGUUGUUCGUGAUCAUGUGUCUGUUUGGAAUGCUAUGAUUACUGGGUUGGCAAUUCACGGACUUGUAAUGGAUGUGACUCUGCUUUUUUCAAGGAUGGAGAUAGAGAGUGUUCUGCCAGAUUCUGUUACUUUUAUUGGGAUUCUGACUGCUUGUAGCCAUUGUGGAUUGGUUGAAGAAGGUCGGGAGUAUUUUGAUAUGAUGCAGAAUCGUUUCAUGAUUCAGCCAGAGCUGGAGCAUUAUGGAACCAUGGUUGAUCUACUGGGACGAGCAGGGCUAAUGGAAGAAGCCUAUGCUCUCAUUAAGGCGAUGCCUAUGGAGCCUGAUGUUGUUAUAUGGAGAGCACUUUUGAGUGCUUGUAGAAUACACAGAAAGAAAGAACUUGGUGAAGUUGCGAUUGCAAAUAUAUCUCGCCUAGAGAGUGGAGACUUUGUGCUGUUGUCAAAUAUGUAUUGCUCUUUAAAGAACUGGGAUAGUGCUGAGAGGGUGAGGCAGAGGAUGAAAAUGGGAGGGAUUCGGAAAAACCGUGGUAAAAGUUGGAUUGAAUUAGGGGACAGCAUUCACAUAUUCAAUGCAGCUAAUCAUUCACAUGCAGAAAUGAAAUCAAUAUACCGAGUGCUGGAAGGUUUGGUCCAAAGAGCUAAGUUGGAGGGAUUCACACCCUUGACGGAUCUGGUUUUGAUGGACGUGUCUGAAGAGGAAAAGGAGGAGAAUUUAGCAUUUCACAGCGAGAAGUUAGCCUUGGCCUAUGGGGUCCUGAAAAGUAGCCCUGGAACCAAAAUCAGGAUUUCUAAAAACUUGCGAAUCUGUCUUGACUGUCACAACUGGAUUAAAAUCAUAUCAAAAAUAUUAAACCGAGAGAUAAUUGUGAGGGAUCGAAUUCGUUUUCACCAAUUCGAAGGUGGUAUGUGCUCUUGCAGAGACUACUGGUAGAGUUAAUUCUUGGUUGCAUGGUUGAGUGACCAUCAACAUAUGAUCGUACUGAUUUAGAAGAAAGUGUCUAAGAUGUGUGAGAAAGGUGGACCUUAUGCACCAAAGUAAUAUCAUAUCUCUCCACAAAGUACAAACACCAAAAUAUUAUCGACUUACAUCUUUUUAGCAUACCUGUUAGCUCUGAAAAAAAAAACAUUUUGGACAUAAUUUUUGAGUCACAGUUAUUCUAAGUUGCCACGGACUUUUAAGUCUCGGUGAAAUGCCUAAGACAGGUGGCAUAGCUCUUAAUCGCACGUUCUUAAGAUUCAAGGUACAUCGGGGUAACUGGUGGUGGAAAUCCUCUUCUCCUUUUUGGUCGAGCUGCUCCCUCAUACCUUCUUCUGGAUUCCCAGUGAUAGCUGUUGUGUCCUUCUCGAUUCACUUUUGACCUUCUAGUGACCAAUUAGUAGAAAAAGGAAUAAUAUUUAAAAUUGCAUAACUAGUUAUAUUGUGAUGACAGCGUCAAUCAUUUUUUAUUUUCCCUUUGUUCCUUUUACUUUCACUAUAAUAAAUGGCAUUUGUUCUGAUCAUCUGGCCAACAACAGAAGUAGGGCUUGUUGCAUCAAAUGGAGCUAGCCAACGUCAAAUUAAUGAUCUGUUAGGCAUUAGGUUCAUCAACCUCUUACGGAAACAUUCAACUUUUAUUGCCCACGCUGGAUAUUGAGAUUUCUUGUACUAUCAUGGUAUCAAAUGUUAUUGUGCUGCAUAAGCUAAUAA